AUGCCGUUGCGUUCAUCGCUGGGCAAGGUGAUGCUUGUGGCAUCUGGCACUGCAUUGGCGACCUUGUUUGGGGUUGGUCCCUUGAUGAACAGCCUCGCAGACUCUUCGCUGAGCUUACCUGCACACGCAUGGACAGACAUUGAACGCAAACGCAACCAGCGCGAAGCGCAGCCGUUCCGCGACGAGUUGCUGAUUGAGUUGGCGAGCCUCUUUGCUGUGUUUGAGGUCGACCCGCAACGCAUGAAGGUGUCGUUCAUCGCCGGUGGCGACGAUUCCCAGGCAGCGUCUGCAGGAACACAGCGGCUUCCCUUUGGCCAAGCAUACCUGCUGCUCUCGGAAGGCAUUGGCCUCAACUAUGCGCUGAGCCGCGUGACUGCUGCAGACGCGUGCGACAUCCGGCCCCGCGUACACCCGAACGAGGCCUCCACGAUUCUCACACCGGAGCAGCGGUAUGCGCUGGCGCACGAGCUGGCGCACAUCACGUGCGAGCACCACACCAAGCGCGUGACGGCGACGGCUGCUGCGCUCACGGCGGCGUUUGCUGUUGGCCCUGCCCUGCGGCGGUGGGCGCGUGCUUCCCGGCCCGUAGCGGCGACGGCCACGCUGCUGUCCAUUGCCCCUGCGGGGGCUGCGCUGCGCUGGCUGUAUCGGCGCCAGGAGUGGGAGGCGGACGCCGUUGCUGCGCACAAGGGGUAUGCGUGUGGCGGGGAGGCCUUCUGGAGCAGGCAGGCUGCCAUGCGUGUGCCCAACCCGGGCGUUCCAUAUUGGUUCCGCACACACCCGUAUCCACACGAGCGCCUGGCCUUUUUCACCAGCCGCUGCAAUCCAGAUGGCAACAACGGAGACACUGGCUGA